GAAGAAGAAGCAGGAGGACCACAGGAGCUCCGUGUUACAUCCGGUUCUGGCACCAGGUAAUCUCUGUUUACUGCUGGAGUGGAGCCAGGCCGCGAGCGUAAAGGGUCGACAUGUCGUCCGCCAAAUGUCUGCUGUCUGAAGACCAGUUUCUGUGCUCCAUCUGUCUGGACAUGUUCACCGAUCCAGUCAGCACUCCCUGUGGGCACAACUUCUGCAAGAGGUGCAUCACUCAGCACUGGGACUCUAACCCCUCUUGCGUCUGUCCCAACUGUAAGGAGGUUUUCAAAGUCAGGCCGAAGCUGCGUAUCAAUACUUUCAUCUCAGAGAUGGCCGCUCAGUUCAGACAGUCGGCUCAACAGGAAGCUGCCGGCAGCAGCAGCAGCACAUCAGAUCAUCCGGUUUCCACAGUGAGGUACAUUCCCUGUGACAUCUGCAGUGAAACAAAACUGAUGGCAGUGAAGUCCUGCACAGUCUGUCUCGCUUCCUACUGUGAGGCUCACCUGAAGCCUCACCUGACGAUGUCUGGCCUGAGGAGACACGAGCUGAUGGACCCGACGGAGAACCUGGAAGUUAGUAUGUGCUCAAAGCACGAUAAACAGCUCGAACUCUUCUGCAAAACUGACCAGGUAAGCAUCUGCCUGCUCUGCUUCGUUUCAGACCACAAGACGCAUGACAUCAUCCCUCUGAAAGAAGCAGCUGGAGAAAAGAACGGUGAGCUGGAGAAAGCAGAUGCUGAAAUCUGUGAGAUGAUUAAAGAAAGAUAUGCAAAGAUUGAUGAGAUCAGAUUUGCCCAGAAUGUCAGUAAGAAUUCUGAAAACAAAGAGAUGGCUGAAGGCCGCCAAAUCUUCAGAGCUCUGAUCCAGACCAUUGAUGAAAGCAAAGAUGAAGUGGUAGAGGUGAUCAAAAAGAGGAGGAAAUUAGCUGUGAAACGGGUAGAAGACAUCAACAGAGAGCUGGAAGAGGAGCUCGAUGCCCUGUAUAAGAGGUCUGAAAAGAUGGACGAGCUCUCGAACACCAAAGAAGACCUGCAGCCGCACAUCCAGUCUCUGACGGCUCCUCCAUCCUCCAGGGACUGGCCAAACGUCAUCGUCACCCUGCCCACAUACAGGGGGACUGUGUUCAGGGCCGUGGUUCAGCUGGACAAGAAUCUCAACAAACAGAUGAGUACGUUUUUCAAGGCCCAGCAUAAGAAGGUCCAGCGUUAUGCAGUCGACGUGACCUUUGAUCCCAGCACAGCAAAACCCGGACUCACGCUCUCUGAAGAUGGAAAACAAGUCCACGGCUGCGAUCAGGAGACGCAUGACAGUGAAGACAGAAAAGACAAUCAGAUUUCUUCCUUUGUGUUAGGAGCGCAGAGCUUCUCCUCUGGGAGGUUCUACUAUGAGGUUGAUGUUAAAGAGAAGAUAGAGUGGGAUCUGGGAGUGGCUGGUGAGUCGGUCAGCGGGGAGAGAAGCGUCACCGCGAUUCCUCAGAACAAACUGUGGACGAUAAGUUUGAGGGUCGACGAAGAUUACAGGGCCAAUAACGACCCUUCGGUCAGUCUCAUUUUAAAGUGGUUGCCUGAUAAGGUGGGGGUUUUUGUAGAUUACGAGGAGCGUCUGAUCUCUUUUUAUGAAGUUGAUGAGUCUGCUCCGAUCUACUCCUUCACCGGCUGCCGCUUCACGGGUAAACUCCGCCCCUUUUUUAGUCCCGGAGCGGACCUUGGUGGUAAAAACUCCACCCCUCUGACCAUCACGCCUGUCAGGCUGACUGAGCAGGACAGCAUGGCUGGCACCAUUUAAUGUCAUUUUUCUUCCUAAUUUAAUUUUUGUUUCAGUUUUUAUAAUUUAACUGUUUUUUUUUUUAAUAAGUAAAAUAUGGCUGCUCCCUUAUUUCCAAGGGGUUGCCACGGCAACAGGAACCUGCCUGACUCAAACCAUCCCGUUUACCUGGGAGGGGGAGGGGCACGCGAAGCUCCCCCUGAGGCUGGCUCUGUGUGUAAGCACUACACCAUGGAGACAUGUUUUUAUAAGUAUAAUGUGGGUGAUGAUCAGUUCAUAUUACAAUACAAAGUCAUGUAGACAUGAACAAGAUUCAGUAAAGUCUCCAUAAACACCUGCAGCAAUGCUUCAUCUUUGUGGUUGUGUUUAAAAACAAAUAUCUGUAUAUUUAUUAUUUUAUGUAAUUUUGUAAGUACACAAUAUUAUUUGGCAUGUUUUCAGUUAACUAAAAUGUUGGUUGGUGCCAGUGAGUAUACCCUGGAUAUAAUCCUCCUUUCUGACUCUAAUAAAACCCCAUAAUUAAUCAACUGAACUUCUUGUUAUUAAAUAAGAAAUGAAACUUGUGAUUGAGCCCAUAAAGUCAUCAGAAUAAUGUGUGCUGAGGUCCCAGAGGGUCAUGUUUUCAGACUUUCAUACAACUAGAUGUCUUUUUGUAACCAGAGGCGUCGCCUCCUGCAGGCUUAAGGCGCCUCCACCUUUCACACCCAGAACCUUUGUCCUGUUUUUAUGU